AUGCCUCUUCCCGCAGAAUCCCACAUCCCCAUCCCAACUAAAGAUAUCCUCUCCUGGUGCUACGAGAAGAGACAUUUCUACGACCAAGACAAACCUAUUUACAUCGACACAGCAACCGACGAAUCCAUCUCCGCCUCCCAAGCCUACACUACAAUCCGCAAAUUAAUCGCGGGUUGGCGAGCCCUGGGUCUCAAGAAAGGAGACGGUGUAGCAAUCCACUCGUUCAACCACCUCUUCUACCCCCUCCUCGUGCAAUCCAUCCUCGGCGCCGGCGGAAUCUUCCUAGGCACAAACCCAAGCUACACUUCCUACGAACUAACCCACGCCCUCGCCACAUCGCACACGAAAUUCCUCCUCGCGGCCCCAGACCUCCUGUCCGCGCCCAAGAACGCCGCCAAAACCGUCGGCAUCCCAGACGACAAGAUCCUCAUCUUCGCGGAUGCAGAUCAUUCAGGCCACAGGUCCUGGCGCACCCUCUUCAACCACGGGGAGGAAGAUUGGGUCUCUUUUGACGAUGAGGAGACUUCGAGGAACACGACGGCGUUCUUGAUGUUCUCCUCCGGCACCACGGGUCUUCCCAAAGCGGCGGAAGUCAGCCAUUACAACCUCAUAGCGCAGCACACCCUCGUGCACGAGAACCCCGCCCAUGCAACGCCUUUCCAGAUGUCCUCGUUACAAUCCCUCCCUUUCUUCCACGCAGCCGCCGCGCCGUACACCCACGUCUCGACCCUCCGAUCCGGCUUCCCCUCGCAUAUUAUGCGGCGCUUCGAGCCCUGGGCGUACCUCGACGCCGUGGCCAAGUAUCGCACCACGCGGAUAAUGGUCGUCCCGCCGAUGGUCAUCGCUCUGCUGAAUUGCGCUCUCGUCGACGAAGCCCGCGUGAGGAAGUCCCUCUCCAGUGUCCGUCAGGCUGUAGCGGGCGCUGCACCUCUAUCGGCAGAGACGCAGGCCCGUUUGCAAGCCCUCCUGCCGAAAGACACGCCAUUCACCCAAAUCUGGGCUAUGACCGAAACGUCCUGCGUGGCGUCGUAUUUCUACCCACCCGAAAACGACGAUACAGGUUCCGUGGGGCGGUUCAUGCCUUCGCUGGACGUCAAGCUCGUCGACGUGGAUGGUUCAGACGUCGAAGUCGGGCCGUACGACACUCGUGGCGAGAUAUGUAUCCGUGGACCGACAGUGAUUCGCGGCUAUCUCGAUAAUCCCGCCGCGAACGCAGAGUCCUGGGAUAAAGAUGGCUUCUUCCACACGGGAGAUAUUGCUGUCUGUGAUGGGAAGACGAAGCUGUGGUAUAUUGUCGAUCGGAAGAAAGAGUUGAUCAAAGUCCGAGGGUUUCAGUGCGCUCCCGCGGAAAUCGAGGGGGUGUUACUGCAGCAUCCUGCAGUUGCUGAUGUUGCGGUUAUUGGUGUGGAUGGAGAUGCAUCGGGGGAGUUGCCGAGGGCUUUUGUGGUGAGGAGGAAGGGGAUAGAGUUGAGUGGAGGGGAUGUCAAGGGGUGGGUGAAGGAGAGGUUGGCGGGAUAUAAGCAGUUGGAGGGCGGCGUGAGGUUUGUAGAGCAGAUUCCGAAGAAUGCGAGUGGGAAGAUUCUGAAGAGGGUGGUGAGGGAGUGGGUCAAGAGGGAGGGGGCGGCGAAGUUGUGA